CAACACAAUAUGUGAUAUUCAUUCGGUAGCAUCUUUAGGACGAUGGAAACCUUGAUCUUGUAGGAUAGAAAACCUUAAACUAAUUCCUUGUUAAUGAGGUUCUUCUUAGACUUUGUUUCUUGUUGCGGCUGCGCCGUAGACCCCACGAACAACCUCGUUCCUCCGCCGCCUUCUCAGGCUCUCCGCAGCAAGAAGCGGGACGCGCCUCAUUGGAGGCCCUCGCUCGGAUCCAUUUCCGAGGAUAACGCGCCGCCCCAGAGAGAGAGGGGCACGGUGGCGUCCGGCGGUGACCUCAAGAGGAGGAGCAGUACCCGCGCCGUGGCUGCUGCAACUGCUAAGGCUCAUCACCGUUAUUAUAGCGUCGAUUACGAUUACAGUUACGGUUGCAGGCGAGUCGCCAUGUCCACGAUUGUGCCUACAUUUUCUCCGACGCCAUUCAUGUUCUGAAUAUUACAGUUGCAUUUAUUGAAAAAGACGUAUCGAUACAUGGUUUGGGAUAAAAUAAACAAAUUAUAAAGGUUUAUUAUGGGGUGGCUGUUGUGAAUGAAAGUAGCCUUCUAUGACAAUAUUGUUCUUUAUAUAUUAUUUAUUCUCUUCCUUUUAUACAAAUGUAAUUAAAAGUGCCAAGCCCCGAUUUUUCCUGACCUUG